AUGGCAAGUAUUUUUGCCCCUUUUGUCUUACGACGUCUGGGGAAACACGCACGAUACACGUGCGUCACAGACCAUCGCCAGACCCAAACACUCAGCGCAGUUACGGCUUUCUAUCCUUCCGACGAUUAUCAACUAGAACUUGUACAAGUAUUAUUUAGACAUGGUGAACGAAUAUCCGAUAAAGAGGAGAUUUAUAAGACAGAUCCUUAUGACGAAGUAUUUAAAGGUUAUGGCUACGGACAAUUGACAAAAGCUGGGCAUCGACGCGAGUACAGAAUAGGCCAAUUAUUGAGGCAGCGCUAUGGAGAUUUUCUCGGCGACUUCAAUAAUAGCCACGUUUACGCAUACAGUACCAACUCUGAUCGCACAAAAAUGUCAUUACAGUUAGUUUUAGCUGGUCUUUAUCCGCCGACAGCUAGAACUUCUUGGAGCGAUAAAAUUAACUGGUUACCCAUUCCGACGUAUUACGAUAAGGACGAGGAUAAUUUUCUCACUGUAUAUUACACUUGUGAUGAGUAUCUCAAAUUAUAUCAUCAAGUGCCACGAUUACCCGAAAUGCAAGAAAAACUUAAGAAAUACCAAAGCUUUUAUAAUGCAUUGCAAAAGAAGACUGGAGCCGAUACUUCUACACCUUAUAGCGUUUACUUGAUCUACUGCAACGUCCGUGCUGCACUAAGUCUCGAUUUACCGCUACCGGAUUGGUGCAGCAAAGAAGAUUACAAAAUCCUCGAAGAACUAACGACUAUUGCUUUGCAGUCGUAUACCCACACGCCGUCGAUGAAACGCACGACGGCGGGUUUAAUAAUUCAAGAAUUUCUGAAAAAUACGAACGGGGAGGAUGGAAGAAAGAUAUACUUGUAUGGGGCACACGAUAUAAAUGUUGCAGUAUUCACUAAUGCUCACAACUUCUCCGGUAUUCCAGACAUACCGGAUUAUGGAAGUACAGUCAUUUUCGAAAAAUUAAGAGGAAAAGACAACCAAGUUUACAUACGUAUGUUUCUCUGGACCGGAGUCAGCGAAACAUUGAUGCCACUGAAAUUAGACAAUUGUCAACAAACUUGUCUGUUGUCUGACUACACGAAUAUUGUAAAAGGAUUGUUACCAGAUGAUUUUACCAAACGGUGCACUUCCAGAAAAAAUAUUUCUAUUCCUAAUACGUAAUUUUAACACAAAUACUGGUCUCUGAUCAUACAUUUUAAAUUUGUCUUUGAAAAUUCUGUAUUCUGAAAUUUCCAACAAGGUCAAUAUUUUUCGCCCGGUCUAAUGCCACUACUGGGAUUUCACGCGCAACUUGUCACGCAUAACUUGGUUACUGUUUGGAUUAACUUGGAAUUUACACUUCUAGUUACUGCUUAUCUUCAUUGAUGAGUUUAAAUGUUUUCAGAGCCACCGUUAUCAAUAUAAAAAUUAUAUUUGCGAUACUUACACAAAGUAUAUUUUUUUAAUUCAUAAACACUGCAAUAAAUCAUAAUUAUCAUACCUUUUGAUAUCAUGUACCUACAUAAAGACACUAUGCUAAAUAUAAGUUGUAUCUGCUUUUACAAUGUAAAACUGUCUAAUUAUAAGAUACAUGUGGUUGCUUAAUAAACGUUACUUGA